GGGAGCAUCUCUGGACCAGACAGCGCGGUGCCAUCAAUAUUACACACAGAGGGCGAGGAGAGGAGAGCAGCAGCGCCUCAGGAAAACAUCCUCAGUGGUCACAAUGAAGUUCGUGGUGGUGCUGGUGGGAGCGGGCACCCUGGCCUUUCUCGGCGCGGUCAUCUGCAUCAUCGCCAGUGUUUAUCCCCGUAAACGCGCCGCCCCUCUCGGCGACAACAGCACCCUGACAUCGGAGUCGCUCCUCCAGCCUCUGGAGCCGGGGUCGGUGGCUCACGCCGGGCCGCUGGGCGCCCUCCACGGCUCCGAGUCCUUCGGCGGCGGAGGGAACGGGCUCGGCGGAAUCGGCUUGGAGGUUCCCACUCUGAACGAGCUCAACCUGGGGGAAGAAACCGGAGGAGGGUCGGCGAAACAGUUCAGCUUCAGCCGGCUGAUCUGCACACCUGUACCAGUGGGGGAAUGCAAGACGAAAGAUCUGAGGCAGCGGAGGGACGAGCAGCAGCAGCAGCAGGCGGAUGACCCGUACGCUGCCGGGGAUGAAGACUGGACUUACCUCCGGACCACCGCGGAGGAGCUCCGGCAGACCGUCCUACAGCAGAACGACCAGAUCCUCAUGGACCACAGGACCAUCCGGGAGCUGACCGGGAAGCUAAGCGAGUGCGAGAGCGGCCUGGAGGACGAGAGAAACGUCCCAGAGCGGAGCAUCGGCGUCUGGAGCGGGAACCGCCGCGUCAUGGCCGGGGAUGAGGUGAGCUCUUCGACGGCAGCGCAGCUGCAGACGGCGCGGGCUGUGGAGGAGCUCGCCCGGGCUAUCAUGGACCUGAAGGACCGCAUUGAGAAACUAGAGGCAGAAAUCGGCCCCGCUGCAUUGAAUCUCACCGACACACCUGCAGGUACCGGCAGCAGCAGCAGCAGCAGCAGCGGCGGCGGCAGCAGCCCAGCAGGAAACGCCGGCAAGGCUCCCUCUCUGCCCUCCAGCGGUGCUUCCUCCCCACCUGUGGCAGCCCCUCCAGGAGGCCGCCGCCCCGCCUCCCCCGCUUCCCCGGCUCCGAAACCUCCCUCCAAGGCCUCCCCUGGGCGCGGGAAGGGCACCUGGAGGGUGGAGGACCUGGAGGGGGAGCUGGAGCGGAAGAUAAAGAUGCUGGAGAAGGAGCGUCAAGCCAUGAGGAAGGAAACGCAGGGCCAACACGAGAAAAUCAACCAGGGCAUUGACACUGUCAGCCACCGCGUUACUGAGCUGGAACACACGCUGACAGAGCCCUCGUUCCCGGAUGGCUUCGUCCUCUCCUUCCCCAUGAGGACCAACUACAUGUACGGCCUGGUGAGGAAAGAGAUUACAGAGAUGUAUGCCUUCACUGCCUGCGUGUGGUUGAAGGCCAAAGAGGGGGGCAUUGGGACCCCCUUCUCGUACUCAGUGCCAGGGCAGCCUAAUGAGCUGGUGCUGCUGCAGGGAGUCCACAACCCCGUGGAGCUGCUCAUCAAUGACAAGGUGGCGCAGCUGCCUCUGUCCUUACCCCAGGAUGAGUGGGCGCACAUCUGUGUCAGCUGGACCCUGAGAGAUGGGGUGUGGAAGGCCUACCAAGGGGGGAAGAUGAAAGGGAGGGGAGAGGGACUGGCUGCGUGGCAUCCAAUCAAACCAGGAGGGGUCCUCAUACUGGGACAGGAACAGGAUACAUUGGGCGGGCACUUUGAUGCCUCCCAGGCCCUGGUCGGCGAGCUCUCCCAGUUCAACCUGUGGGAUCGGGUGCUGAAGCCGGCAGAGGUGGCCGCCCUGGCCGAAUGCAGCUCCGCAGCGCUGGGGAACAUCGCCCCCUGGACUGACCACGACGUAGACGUCUACGGCGGUGCCACCAAGGAGUCCCUGGACCCCUGCCACGCUGCUCAGAGAACCAACCCUUCCAGCUCCAAACAGUGAAGGCCGACUGGAAGAAAUCAGCCAAUAGCGGUCAUGUUUCAUAGGUCAACUUAGGAGACGAUAUAGAAGAUGUAUAACGAUGUAUCACAUUGGGGCUUACAGUAUAUUUGUUAGGAAGGGGAAGCUCGCCGGUGGACAGGAAUAUGUCACGGAGCUUAUAAGGGGAGAAGAAAGUUAUAUUUGUUUUGUUGUAAGUGUUGGUGUCCACAAUCUUGUGUUAACAGUAAGUUUAGCCACAGAAUCACAUUAGAUAAGGCUGCAUGGAUGGGUCAGCGUGUGGCAUG